UUACAGCUUUCAGCUUAGGAGGCUAUUCAGAGCAGCAGGCUUGUCAGCUUCAAUAAACUGCCAACCAACAGAAGAUUCUGCUGAUGUUCUAGAAUCCAAUCAGCUUUCGCUACACUGCAUCCUCUGCGUAUUACCAGAAAACAUCUCUGUAAUCACCUCUUUCUUCAUAAAUGGAUUUUAUUUUCUCUGCGUUUUACAACAUACCAGGUUUGAAGAAUUUCUUUAGACAAAAGAAAAAACAAGUGUGCUUUUCCGAACACGAAGGCAAAGAAUGCAUUGCACCUUUAUUCCAGACUGUACAAGAGAUUCCACAACCCAUCCCAACCAAAAUUACUGGCACGAUCCCCAAAUGGAUCCAGGGUAGCCUGCUGCGAAACGGGCCAGGCAAAUUUGAGUUUGGAGACUCCAAUUUUAACCACUGGUUCGAUGGCAUGGCCCUUAUGCACAAGUUUGCAAUUGUAGACGGAAAUGUAACCUACACAAGCAAGUUCCUUCAAAGCAAUGCGUACAAGUCCAAUGAAAGCGAGAACAGGAUUGUAGUGUCUGAAUUUGGAACUUUGGCUACACCAGAUCCCUGUAAGAGUUUGUUUCAGCGCUUCAUAUCAAAGUUUGAGAUGCCAGAGUCAACAGACAAUGGAAGUGUAAACUUUGUAAAAUACAAAAAGGAUUAUUGUGUCAGCACAGAGACACACCUCAUGCGUAAGGUGGAUCCAGUAACGCUGCAGACGAAUGAAGAGGUUAACUGGACAAAAUAUAUUGCUGUGAAUGGGGCAACAGCUCAUCCUCAUUAUGAUCCAUGUGGUACAACAUACAAUAUGGGGAAUUCCUAUGGAAAACAUGGGACCUUUUACAAUAUUAUCAAGGUGCCUGCUCAGGAAUCAGAAGAUGAAGAAAUACUACAAGGGGCAGAGGUAGUUUGCUCAAUCCCUGCAGUGGACAAAUGGAACCCCUCUUAUUACCAUAGUUUUGGUAUGACAGAAAACUACAUAGUGUUUAUAGAACAGCCAAUAAGGAUGCACCUUUUGAGAAUUAUUACAGGGAAAAUCAGAGGUAUACCGAUAUCUGACUGUCUGAGCUGGGAUCCAAGCUGUGACACCAUUUUCCAUGUGUCAAAUAAAAGCACAGGAACGCUUCAUUCCGUGAAGUAUCAUACCAAAGCCUUUGCAAUGUUUCAUCAAAUCAACGCUUAUGAAGAUCAGGACUGCAUUGUGCUUGACCUCUGCUGUCAAGAUAAUGGGGAUGGGAUACAUCAGUUUCAGCUGCAAAACCUGCGCAAAUCUGGGAUAGCAUUGGAUAAGGUCUAUAAUUCAGUGGCCAAGUCUUUCCCUCGCAGAUUUGUGCUUCCUCUCAAUAUUGACUCUGAGACACCACAAAAUAUAGACAUAAAUCCUCUAGAAUAUACAACAGCAACUGCUGUAAAGCAGGACCUUGAAAGGGUGUGGUGUACUCACGAGAACCUGUAUAAUGAAACAUUUGAAAACGUUGGAGGCCUUGACUUCCCAGCCAUUAACUACUCCAGAUACAACACCAAAAAGUACCGCUAUUUUUAUGGAUGUGGAUUACAGCAUCUUGUUGGAAGCAGCCUUAUAAAAAUGGAUGUGGUGACCAAGGACAUGAAGAUUUGGCAAGAAGAUGGUUUCUAUCCCUCGGAGCCUGUGUUUGUGCCUAGUCCAGAUUCCACUGAAGAAGAUGAUGGAGUUAUCCUUUCAGCCGUAGUCACUCCCCGUCAGGAUAAAACAACAUUUCUGCUCAUCUUAGAUGCCAAAGCCUUCACAGAAAUUGCACGGGCUGAAAUUCCUGUACAAAUGCCUUAUGGAUUCCAUGGAAUUUUCCUACCUCAGAAAGAAUGUUACUGAUGGAGAACCUGUCAGCCAACCUAAGCUUUUAAAAUGUUAAUUCCUGCCUAUAAGCAUGUAGACAAGGGACCCCUUUUAGGCAAAUCGUGCAUGAUUAUUUUUAUAUUUUAUUAUUUAACCAGUGGGUUGAAUGAAAAAAAAUUAUAAAACGAUUCUCCCACCCACACAUUUGACAUGGAUGGGGGAAUCGCUCCUACUGAGCGAUUUUAUUCUGACAGCAGGGAGUCUUCCAGAAUACAAUGAACAGUGUUUCUGGCUAUAGCCGCUGGCACUGGUUAUUCAGGAAAAAUCCAACAGGCUGGUUGUACUGUACUUAGAUCUAUCAAUAAAUCAUCUUGUGUACAAUCAGCUAAGCCCUGCAUGCUGAAUCUGCUGAAUUUCAAUGCAUGUAUGGCCGGCUUUAACCCCUGUUUAGCUACGUUGUACUUUGCCAGCUUUUGUCUCAACUUUUUUGAGAUGUGUUGCUGUCAUAAUUUUUUUAAUUGCCUUAUUUUUUUUUAAACAGAUUGUACAUUUUCUCAGUCUAAACAUUUGAUAUUCUCUCUAUUUUUUAUUUUGAAUAAAAUAUGUGUUUAUGAAAUUUGCAAAA